CCCAGCCGUUGUUUUCCUUUUCUCCCCUGUUCGUUUUAGCUCCUAAGGUCACUUCUCCUCACAGCCCGAUCUGCGCCGUCGCCGCCCAUAUUCGCUGGACCCGCGGCGCCCUAUAUCCUCUCUUGUUAUUGCUCUUCCUCUUCCUAGUUCAGUUCGCUGCCGCUCCUUCCCCGUGACCUCGGCCUCCCCAGUAUCUGACGCCGAAUCGGGAUCUGUUUAUACCCAUAUCGUGCCAAUUAGGCGUUAAAUUCAGGCGGAUUGGCAAUAGCUGUCUGUUUGGGUGUAUACCUCUCUACUCCAGUUCUCGCGGUGUUACGUUGGGCUGGGGAGGCUCUUUGACAAUAUUCUCGCGAGCAAUUUGGUAUCACCGGCGUUGCAAUUUGGUUUGGAUCAGCAGAGAGGAGCGUGUGUCUUUUUAGUCGGGAAUCCACUGACAGUAGCGUUGGUUCUCUUUGAUCUGGUUUCUAGGUGGCUGGGAGUGCGACUGGUGCUAGUUUUUCUUUGGCUUUCCUUUAAGCUCGUUUGCUUUAGCUUACUAUCAGUUAUGUGAUAUGUGCUGACGCUGGCAGUUGGUUCAUGGGAUGGGAGACCAAGACACAGCAGGAUGAUAGCUCAUAGCAUCUAGGAAUGUUACAGUUCACUGGGGUAAGAGAUUUUGGUGCCAGUCAGGGAUUCUGUAAGUGCAUUUUGGUUUGGCGAUGUCUUGUACUUCCCCAGAUCCACCGGACUACUGCUCCGCCGCAUCGCCUGAGCUUAAACUAUACCAGGCCUUCAUCUUCUCUGUGCCAGUUUUCUUCACAUUCAUCUUGCUUCUCUUCUUCUACUUGUUCUACCUGUGGAGGCGCAGAGUGAAUUGGCAGUCCUUGCAAAUGAGGGCUAAUAGUUUGAUCAGGGGGGAUAACCCUACGUUGGAGUGUGGCAUAAAUAAGGAGAUGCGCGAGAUGUUGCCAGUCGUGAUUUUCAAGGAGAGCUUCCUGGUCAGGGAAACACAGUGCUCGGUGUGCUUAGCAGACUAUCAACCAGAUGAGCGGCUUCAGAGAAUACCCCCUUGUGGUCACACCUUCCACAUCGAUUGCAUUGACCACUGGUUCUCUAAGAACAAUACAUGCCCUCUUUGUCGAGUAUCGCUUCUGACUUCCCCCAGAGAUGCGAGUGUCGCUCCAAAUGAUCUGGAAACACAAGUCAUCGAAGAGGACUGCUCCUUGAAUGCACAACAUCAUGUGAGCCUUGGAGAUGAACACGCACGACCGGAGGAUCAGGCAGUGGACGGCAGGGUCAGCGACGGCUCGGCACAGCAGAGUAACGUGGAAGCAUCAAUUGUUCUAGACACCGCGCCUCAAACCGCAGGGUCUCCAAAUGCUUGCCACCUGUCUGCUGUGUAAGCAAAAGAAAUAAGGCCUUUUUGCUGUGUACUGUUUAGUGUCGUACGUUUAGCUGCUGUUACAAGGAUUAACAAGAGGCGCGUGAAGAUCUGCAUCAAUGAUAAACUGACUCUAAAGAAGGGAAAAGGUCUAGACCCUGUUUGUUUGGGCUUUUGCUUUUGCAACCUUUUCAUUUUGGCAAAGCCAAAAAAGCUCCUAAAUAGGAGAGCAGAUUCGGUGCCCAGGCUCAUCUGUACCUGCAACGAAGAAAACAAUUUUAAAAAAUACUAAUAUUUUGAGAUUUUUUUUUUUGUAUGGUAGAUAAUUUGGUGCCUGAGGUGCGCUCUAAAUUUCAAACCAUUUGAACAUUUAAGAAGUGCUUGGUAGAAAAGACAAAUUUUAGGUCUGUAACUUUUUACUGUUAAUGUAUUGUUUUGAAUCAA